GCAGCACUAGUAAGCUGCUAGCAGCUAGCUAGCUUCAUCAAAACUGCAUCUUUGCAGCUUGCUAAUGGCUACUUCCACCACCAGUUCCCCGGCCCCGGCAGCUCUCUUCUUCACCAUCAACCUCCUCUUCUUCUCCAUGGUCAGCUCUUGCAGCACUUACCCGACACCGAAUCUGCCGAUCCCUCCACGCCCGACGGCACCAUGCUCGACCCGGCGGCACGCCGCCAAAUGCUCUCGCGACGUGGUCAAGCUCGGAGUGUGCGCCGACGCGCUCGGACUCAUUAACCUCAACCUUGGCAAGCCACCUAAGGUGCCUUGUUGCACUCUGCUUCAAGGUCUAGCUGACCUGGAGGCUGCCGUUUGCCUUUGCACUGUUCUUAAAGCUAAUGUGCUCGGAAUACAACUCAAUCUGCCAAUAAAGCUCAGCUUGCUCCUUAACUACUGUGGAAAGGGCGCCCCCUCUGGCUUCCACUGUGCUUAAUUAAUUCAUGCAUCUUGG